CUUUGCAGCUUAUUUCAUUGGUCAAUCUCACACAUCUCUACAAUCACCCGUGAAGAAAGGUUCAAACUUCAGGAAGAUCGUGUGACAAGGAAGUGGAGGCUGAGUUGGAGCCUGCUUUUUGUAUCUGAUUUAUUUAGUAAAAUGACUGCCCGGAUGCCCCCUCAGGUCACCCUAUUACUUGUGGGUGCAGGACUUGCUGCUCUGGGUGCAACAUACUGGCAUUUCUAUUGGAGUAAGGAAGUCUGUAAUGGGAACUGGAUCAACUUUAAUAAAACUGGACUGAAGUAUGACCUCAAAAAAAAGCUUUUUGGGCAGCAGGUUGCUGCUAAGGUCAUCCUGAAAGCCGUCACAGGCUUCAUGAACAACAUUAACCCAAAGAAACCUCUGGUUCUGUCCCUCCACGGCUGGACCGGGACCGGGAAGAACUUCGCGAGCCAGCUUAUAGCAGAAAAUAUUUACCAGAAAGGGAUGACGAGCAACUUCGUUCAUCUGUUUACAGCGACAGCACACUUUCCUCACGAGGCUCACAUUAACAAAUACAAGACGCAGUUACUGGAGUGGAUACGAGGAAAUGUUUCCAUCUGCCCACGUUCAAUGUUUAUAUUUGAUGAAAUGGAUAAAAUGCAUCCUGGGCUGAUCGACAGUAUUAAACCUUACCUGGAUUUCUACAAUAACCUGGACGGAGUGUCAUACAGACAGGCCAUCUUCAUCUUCCUCAGCAAUGCCGGGGGUGAGAAGAUCGUUCAGGUGGCUCUGGAUUUCUGGAAGCUUGGAAAAGAACGAUUCCAGAUCCAUCUGAAGCAUCUAGAGACAGCAUUGUCACUAUCUGUUUUCAACAACAAAAACAGUGGUCUCUGGCACACUAGCUUAAUCGAUAAGAAUCUGGUGGAUUACUUUGUGCCAUUCCUUCCUCUGGAGUACAAGCACAUCAUUCAGUGUGGUUGGAGUGAGAUGGCCAGAAAGGGUCAUGUCCCAAAUAAAAAGGUUGUUAUAAAGAUGGCCCGUGACCUAAACUAUUUCCCUAAAGAGGAACGCGUCUUCUCCCUGCAGGGCUGCAAGACCAUUUCCAGCAGACUGGACUUCUAUAUUUAAAUAAAUGAGAGAAAACAAUCACAUAGAUUUAAUUGAUAUGUUCUGCAUGCAUUCUCCACGAAACCACCCCUCUGACAGGCCAAGGCAUGUUUUCAAGGAUGAUAUAACAAAGAUCAAGAGAAAGUUUUUUUUUUAAGACAGUUUCAUCCCCACCACUUUUAAAACGCCACUGAAAAACAGCCUACAACACACAGAAAAAGCAUCUCCAAUCUGUCAUUCUUCAUGAAAUAAUUUAUGUAACACAUAAAACACACCUAUGUGCCGACCAGAACAUCAGGUAAUGUAACGAAGUAAUAAUACUUUGUUCAGUAUUUUUGGGAGUAUCUGUACUUUACU